AUGACAGCACCACCCAAACUCAAAGUCGCCAUCAUCGGCGCCGGCCCAGCAGGUCUGGGCGCAGGCAUUGAAUUCGCCAAACUGCCUUUUGUCGAUGUGCAAAUCUACGAACAGGCUCGCGAGCUGCGCGAGGUGGGGGCUGGAAUCAGCAUUCAGCAUAAUACAUGGCGGAUGUUGGAUGUUCUGGGGGUGUAUGAUUACCUGGAAGAGAAGGAUUUGUUUCGGGCGAUGGAUGGACAUGCGGUUCAACAUCGAAAUGGUAGAACGAAUGAGCUGCUGCUUUCCAGUGGACAGGAGGGAACUCCCGCCAGAUAUCUCCAUGCUCGAGCGCUUCGAUCUGUUCUCCAGAAAGCUCUUCUGAAAGGAGUCGAUCAAUCCAAACUGAGAUUAUCCAGUCGACUGACACAUAUUACUCAACUCCCAUCUCACAGACUAGCCCUACAAUUCGAAGACGGUCACACCGACCAAGUCGAUCUUCUCAUCGGAGCAGACGGCGUCGUCCGCCAAUUCGCAUACCCAGAUCACAAACUCGAAUACACCGGCAUGACGGCAUACCGUGCUCUCGCCGAUGCCAGGGAUAUCCUAAACAUUCCCGGUUUCCCGGACGCAGUCACCUUCUGGCACGGUCCGGCUGACCGCCUGUAUACAUGUAAUCUGAAUAACAAUGUAUACGAGAUUGCAGCACGAGUCCCAGAAACCAAGGAGAGUGCGCCGGUGAGUUGGGGGCAGGAUGCGCGUGUUGACGAGUUCAGUUGGAGAUAUAAGGACUUUUCUCCAAUGCUCAAAAGUGUCCUGGAUAAUAUCACGGAAGUGAAAAAGUUUGCUCUCUUUUCUGGACCGCGAUUGGAAAAGGUCGUUUCGCAUGCUUCGAUUGCGUUGGUUGGUGAUGCGUCGCAUCCAUUAUCCGGGGCAUUUGGCGCUGGAGCCGGAUUCGCACUUGAAGACGUCUACGUCCUCAGUCGCGCUGUCGAAUGGGCGUAUAGUCGAGGCUAUUCGAUAAAAGACGGACUGGGUUUAUUCGACAGAGUCCGAACGCCACAUUACAAUGCUAUGUACGAAAUCUUGGAUGGUUUUGCUGCAUCGAACGCAGCAAUUCAGAAAGCAACUAGCUUUGAUGAGGCCGUGUCUGUUAUUGUUGCUGAGAAGUGGAACAAUGAUCAUGAUUGGCUUUACCAUUACGAUGUGGAAAAGGUGUGGAGGAAGACGGUAGAAGCUGAGGAUGCUUGUCGGAAUGAUGAUGCUAAGAGGGAGUCGCAUUUGUAG